AUGGCGACAGAGAGUCCAACGGAGGCAGGGAAGUGGGAAAAUGGCAGCGCAGUAGGAGGCGAAUUACAAGUGGAUCGGGAAUUCAAUGAGACCUUUGGGAAGAAGGGCUUACAUUUUGUGCACUUAAAAUCCGAAGCCUACUACCGAAGAUCAAUGAGAUACGCCUGUUGGUUUGCAAAUCAGAGGCUCGAAUUUGGCUCUGGCACGACACUUUAUGUGACAGAUGGCAUUCAACGAAAACCCAAAGUGACGCUGUACUCAGCGUCCAACUCUGAGUCGAAUGGGAAGACCACCCUGCUAUGUCUGGCUAGAGACAUGUUUCCAGACUUGGUCAAGAUCUCAUGGAAGAUGGAGGAUGCAAACGGCGGAAGAACGGAGGUGCCCAAAGCAGAGGGGGAACAGCUGGAGCAGAGGGAGGAAGAACAGACGACCAGUAUGAUCAUCAUUGAUAAAGACAAUACGUACAGGAACAAAUACAUCUGUUCUGUGGAGCAUGAAUGGGGUGCUCAACAUUUAGUCAUCCCAAAAGAUACUCCAACCACCAUGUCUGCACCAGCGUUCAGAAAUGACACCCAGGAGUCACUGACUCUGCAGUUUACCGAAGAUUCCUUCCAGUCAACGUGCAGUCUGAACCUGGCCUCUGUGGUUUACACAGUGAUGAUAGUGAAAAGCAUGGUGUAUUGCUGUGGGCUCUCUCUCCUGCUGCACAACAGGAUCCUGGGAAGAGGACCCAGCACCCGAAGACCUCUAUGAGGAAAAUCAUUUAUGUGCUUUUUUACAUUGAUACAAUGUUGUUGUUUUUUUUUUUGUUUUUUUUUACAUUGAUACAGCUUGCAUGACAUUUUCCUUGCCUAACACAGCCUGCUCAAAUUAACUAAGUUGCUCAAAAUAACCAUAUUAUUUCAGAUGAGGAUGCCUUUGUGAACAAAAUGUUGCAGCAACAAUGGUUCUGUAAAUGAUUGUAAAAAUACAUUUUUACAGUUCCGUGCUGUUUUCAAUGAAUAAAGGUUACUUAAAACCCCCAAAAUAUUGCAUCUCUUUACUAUAAGAUCAUCUAUUCAUAUUUGGGAAAAUGUUAUUUAAUUGAAUCUCAUCAGAAGUGGAACAAUAAGAUUGUAAGUUCACCAAUGAUCUGUUUUUGUUUGCUUCAAUGUGCAUGUUCCCGACGCAGAUGUUGAGCCUAGACUUAAUAGUGGUGGGAUAAUAUGGUUAAUGUUUCUUUGGUGUUCUAAGGACAUGUGAAACGGUAGUUACUGGAAACAAGAUAUAGCUAGCUGCAGAACCACAGCUCGAGUGUGUGAAGAGAUGAUUAUCCAAAGCUGCUGGAUGAUUCACUUGGCCUUGAUCUGUUUUUACCUCUAGUUGUGGGUUCACAGCUCUUGCCACCAAAAUGAAGAAUAUGACAGCGAUGGCAGACGAGUCCGUAAUGGUAGUUUAUGGUUCUUGCAUUUGUAGAAUUAUAGAUCUAUGGCAAAACAAACUUUUUACACUUUUGUUUAUGUGUACGUUUUACCAUGAAACAAUCAAAUUAAAUUAAAUCAAGGUUGGAGAGUUUAAUUUGUUUUUACAUGUAUAUUUUGCAAGGAAAUUAACAUUGUUAUCAAGAGAAGUAUUUUCCAUGUUAUUGUCAUGUUAUUACCAUUUAUUCUGUGCUUCAAUGUAAAGUGCUACCGAAAUGUCUUUUUAAUUGUUUUCUUUUCUCUACAUCGAAACCAUGAAAUAACACAUAUGGAAUCAUGUAGUAACCAAAAAAGUGUUAAAUAAAUAUAUUUGAGAUUUGAG